AAGCCACAUGGGAGACAAACUGACAGACAAGUGGUGGCUUCUGUGUUGUGUGUAGCAUGCUAACCCUGUAGACAGGCCCUUGGCUGAGACAAGCCUUGGUCCUCAUGUGAUGUUUGAUUCCCUAGAGUCAUGCAUUGUAAUUAUUAGCUUUCAAGAUGUGCCAAAUGACAUAACAGGUAUUGGGUUCUCCACUCCCCCACCCCUUUUCCUCAGUGAUGGUCACGCUACAUGCGUGUCACCCAAAUACUUCCAUACAAAGUAUUGGGUACAUUUGUGGAAAUGAGCAGAUGAUCUGAAUGUUCUUUUCACACAUGAGCAAUUAAUUUUGUCAGCAAAAAGAUUUAUACACCUUGCAAAUAUUAUUUGUGCUUCUUGACAGGUAAGAUGGGAAUUACUAAGCUGUAAUCAGGCCUAGAGUGAUUGAAUACAGAGGCUUUCUCACUUCUCCAUCACAAUUACUUGGGUAGCUUCGGCAUGCAGCAGACUUUGCAGUUCCUGACCCGUUAAUGCCUGAUCCUUCAAAACAACCGAAGAGCCAGCUUAACCCUAUUGGUUCAUUACAGGAAUUGGCUAUUCAUCAUGGCUGGAGACUACCCGAGUAUACACUUUCCCAAGAGGGAGGACCUGUUCAUAAGAGAGAAUAUACCACAAUUUGCAGGCUAGAGUCAUUUAUGGAAACUGGAACGGGGCCAUCAAAAAAACAAGCCAAGAGGAAUGCUGCUGAGAAAUGUCUUGCCAAAUUCAGUAAUAUUUCUCUUGACAACCACAUUUCUUUAACAAACCUAGGACACACUUUAGGAUGUACUUGGCAUUCCUUGAGGAAUUCUCCUGGUGAGAAGAUCAACUUGCUGAAAAGAACCCUUCUCAGUAUUCCCAACAUGGAUUAUAUCCAGCUACUUAGUGAGAUCGCCAGGGAACAAGGUUUUAAUAUAACAUAUUUGGAUAUAGAAGAACUGAGUGCCACUGGACAGUAUCAAUGUCUGGCUGAACUGUCAACUAGUCCUAUCACAGUCUGUCACGGCACUGGGAUCUCCUACAGCAAUGCACAGAGCGACGCGGCGCACAAUGCUUUACAGUACUUAAAGAUAGUGUCCGAAAAAAAGUGAACUGGGGGCAACUUAGAAAAUCCGCCAGUAGCACUUAGAAAGCCCUCUCCCCUUUCCAAGUAAAGUGUUCACUGUGCUGUAUGAGUUUGUGUUGUUUUUAAAUGUCUUCAUAGAUUCCAUCAGCAUCCCAGACUUAAUUAUCCCAGCAGUUGUUGAUAACCUCUUUUUAAUGGCUUCCAUUUUGUAUUGGUAUAUUGUAUUUAUAAACUUUGUACCACACUCAGAAAGCACCCGUCUUACAAUACCUUGCACACAGGAGGAAGAAGACGCAUGUGUUUUGUUUCUGAGGAUGAUGACAACGAUUAAAAGAAACUUCUGAUAGCAGCAGCUUCUUACUGAUGCUUACCCGCUUUGUGCAAGGUUUUGUGAAGGGAAUUCAAAGGACGCCUUUUAGAAUUAAGUGUUGAGACGCCGAACAUAACAGGAUUGUAUUGGCUGACUGUAAAUUUUCAGGAAAAUGACUCGUCUACUGUGUAUUUGAAUCCAUGUAAUAAAAAGCUGUUGUUUUACUGAAGUUCUGUGCAUUUUAUUAAAGACUUCAUGGAGCA